CUCUUGAAUAAUUUAAAUCAUCUCAAAUAAUUCAUGGUCGACCCUUUCGAUCUUUAAAUAACCUGAGUUUCAGAAUUAUAUAUAUAUUAAUAAUUAAAUAUUUGAGCAGAUGUAGAAUAAUAAGAAAGCCAAAAGAACAAAAUUGACAAAAGAACAAAUAGAUGUUUUGUAAUAAGCAUUUACAUUGUUUGAUACAGAUAAAUCAGGAUCAAUUGAUGAGUCAGAAUUGAGAAAUGCCAUGAAAGCUCUUGGAUUCAACGCAUCCAAAGAAGAAGUUCAAAAGAUGGUUGAAUAAAUAGAUAGAGAUGGAUCUGGAACAAUUGAAUUUCAGGAAUUUGUGGAAAUGAUGAAAAAGAAGAUGUUGGAGGAUAAGAAUGUUGAAGUCGAAAUAGAAAAAGCAUUCAACUAUUUUGAUGAUGAUAAUGAAGGUGCUAUUGAUCUAGAAAAAUUAAGAAGAGUUGCAGCCGAUUUAGGAGAAGAAUGCGAUGAACAAACCCUAAAAGACAUGAUUUACGCUGCUGAUCUUGAUCAAGAUGGCAAAGUUAGUAAAGAUGAAUUCAUGAUGGUUAUGAGGAAGAUGAAAUUAAUAUGA